GGGUAUAGACCGUGCUACUGGUACCACCAGAUUCGGCGGAAGCCUAUGUCCGGGGAGGAACCCUGGAUCACGGCUAUACUCAACUAUGAUGGGGGUGACGAGCUGAGACUGAGGAUCAACGUAGAGGGAGGAAAAGAGGAGGAAAUGCGAACUGAUGGAAGUCUACAGGACGCUAUCACAGAGACGAAAGACCGUGUGGAGAGGCGCUGCAGAAGAGACGAUGUGACGACGAAAAUGCAGGUAACAGUCUCGUAUCAUGAGACCGAGACCUCAAUGGACACGGCGGACUGGGAGCAGGCCCACCUGGAACGAGACUCAGGUGGGGAGAGCGAGAUGCGCGAGGCGGAGGACCAGGAGACGGACCUCAGGUCCUGGAUCAGACCAGGCGAGAUCCAGAGGCAUCACCGGGCUGCGAAGCCGGUGGAAGAGGGACCUGAGACCAGCUCACGACAACUGAUGCCCAGAGGCCGUGGGACUGGGGAAAAACAGAGCAAGGGGAAGAAACGGGUGUGAGGCAAGAGGGGAUCGACACGCGUGGCGAGAGGGCCGGCAGCGGAGGGGCUGAGGCAAGGACAUGGC